ACUCGGCGGCUGCUGGCGCUUGGGUGGCAUGGCUGCGUCUUCUGGUGCCGAGAAGGAAAAGGAGCGGCCUGGUGGCAGCACGGAAGCCGCAGGUGGUAACAGCACCCGAGAGCGGCUGCUGUCUGCGCUGGAAGAUCUGGAGGUCUUGUCGAGGGAACUUAUAGAAAUGCUGGCAAUUUCAAGAAACCAGAAAUUGUUACAGACUGGAGAGGAAAACCAGAUCCUGGAGUUGUUAAUUCACAGAGAUGGGGAAUUUCAAGAACUAAUGAAAUUAGCCCUUCAUCAGGGAAAAAUCCAUCAUGAAAUGCAAGUUUUAGAAAAAGAAGUAGAGAAGAGAGACAGUGAUAUUCAGCAGCUACAGAAACAACUAAAGGAAGCAGAACAGAUACUGGCAACAGCUGUUUAUCAAGCAAAAGAAAAACUCAAAUCAAUAGAAAAAGCAAGAAAAGGUGCUAUCUCCUCUGAAGAAAUCAUUAAGUAUGCACAUAGGAUUAGUGCAAGUAAUGCUGUGUGUGCCCCACUGACCUGGGUUCCAGGGGACCCACGCAGACCGUACCCAACAGAUUUAGAGAUGAGAAGUGGAUUGUUGGGUCAGAUGAACAAUCCUUCCACUAAUGGUGUGAACGGGCAUUUACCAGGUGAUGCACUUGCAGCCGGCAGAUUGCCAGAUGUCCUUGCUCCACAGUACCCGUGGCAGUCCAGUGACAUGUCAAUGAACAUGUUACCACCAACUCACAGUAACGACUUUCUGUUGGAACCUCCUGGCCAUAAUAAAGAAAACGAAGAUGAUGUAGAGGUUAUGUCAACAGACUCCUCAAGCAGUAGUAGUGACUCUGAUUAAAAAAAACAUACAAGACAAAAGGCAUACAGAAUUGAAUACUGUAGAACUCUGUUCCUUAAACAAUAGCAGGGAAAUGUAACCUGCAAACCGGUAAGAAAAGCCAGAUAAAUACUGGCUAUUGUUGAUUUGUGCAGUCUGUUAAAAACUUUGAGGACUUUGUUUUUUUAAGCCAAACAUCAUGGUAUUAGUUCUAAUCCACUAGGCAAGUAUUUAGGGAAUAAUUAACAUUUACUUUUGGGAAAAACGUUUAUUCAGUUGUUCGGUGCUUUCUUACCCUGUUCUAUUGCAGUUGGGUUGGCCUUGAGCAUAGUAGCAUAUGUCAAUAAUAGAACUCCUAUAAUUACUUAGAAAGGAUAAAAAAAGUAGUGGAUCACUGAAUAAGUGUCAUAUUUAAAAAUAACAAAAAUUCUCACUUGAAAGUGAAGGCUAUUGGCCUUUGUUUCAGGAACUGGAGAAAUUGUCUGUUAUACUGUUUGUAAUUAUUGUAAUUUUGUAAAUAAACUCAUUUUGUUGUA